GAUGUCAGUUUUGUUUCGUUAUCGUCGCUCAGCACAGUAACUGGCUGAACGACUCAACUGAUCUGCAACCAGUACUUACAAAGCAAACGGACGUUUACUCUGAAUUAAAGGGGGUGCGAAGCAGGAGGUUGGGUACAGACGCUGGAUGGAUCUAAGAAUAUGCGGGGGUUCGGGGAGGAGCGCUCCCUCAAAAGCGAGUGUCACUGUCGGGUAUGAAGCAGUCCAGCCUGAGCAGAGCAGCGACCAAGCAAGCAGGGCGCAGCAUCAGAGAUUCAAGGAACUGCAACUACAGGAAGAGGCGCUAGGAGGCCCGAGCAAGGCAGCUAAAAAACCUCAACCCAGAGGAGCGGUGCCUGUGGAUGGACAGUGCAGGCACCCAUGGCAUCACAGGAGCUUGUGGAUGCGAUAGACUCUGCAGCUAAUAGUCUGAACCCAGGAAUGGAGGCUGGUGCUCCGCCCAGCAAUGGUAAAAACUGUCCUGUCCACACACCUGGGGGAGAGGAUACAAAGAGGGGCUUUCGGAAAGGCAUAGGGAGGCAUAAUGACUACGUGAAAAUUUCCGUGCCAGAGUCCAAGGUAAAUCGUCUGCCCAUGGAGUGGUGGAAGACAGCAUUGGCAUUCUUUUAUGCUGGCUUUAACUUGGUCCUGACAACAGUCGUCAUCACUAUAGUCCACGAGAGGGUCCCCCCCAAAGAAAGCAGCCCACCUCUUCCUGAUAAGUUUUUUGACUAUAUUGACAGGGUCAAAUGGGCAUUUACAGUGACAGAGAUCAAUGGCAUGGUGCUGCUGGCCAUUUGGAUGAUCCAGUUGUUCUUCUUCAGAUACAGGUCAAUAGCAAGCAGGCGGUUCUUCUUCCUCAUUGGCACCUUGUACUUGUACCGCUGUGUCACCAUGUACAUCACCACCCUGCCUGUGCCUGGCAUGCAUAUGACUUGUGCUCCUAAGCUCUACGGAGACUCCCAUGCAAAAAUGCAGCGAAUUCUACGUCUGAUUUCAGGUGGAGGUCUGUCUAUUACAAACUCUCACCUCUUGUGUGGAGACUUCCUUUACAGUGGACACACUGUGAUGCUCACCCUCACCUACCUAUUCAUCAAGGAGUACUCGCCGCGGUCAUUUUGGUGGUACCAUCUGAUGUGCUGGCUGCUGAGUGCCGUGGGUGUGGUGUGCAUCUUGGUGGCACAUGAGCACUACAGUGUGGAUGUGGUCGUGGCCUAUUUUAUCACCUCCCGCCUGUUCUGGUGGUACCACACCAUGGCCAAUUUACAGACUCUGAAAUGCUCGCCCAACAACUACCUCACCAACACUUGGUGGAACCCCCUGUUCAACUUCAUGGAGAGGAACGUCCAAACCUCGGUGCCAUGCUCUUACAGUUGGCCCAUCACCUGGCCUCCUGCCUGCCUUAAGAACCCCUGCAAGAAGUACUCCAUGGUACAGAGCACACGAGAGGAGUGACGUGACCCUGAUAUCCCUGUCUACUGGACAGAAACGUAAUGAUACCAAAUGCAUAGCAAUGAAAUAAAUGUCUCUGCAAAAAUGAA